AUGUCAACCAAACGGAUUGCGUUCAAGGUCCACGGCACAGUGCAAGGUACUGUCUCUCCUCCCCCAACACAGCCAACCAGCUUGAUCCGUACUAUACUGGGAACAAUCCCCAGAUCACCAACCGAUGACAUCAUCAAUGUCGAUAUUGACCAUCACAGCGACUUCGCUCAGAAAUCUGCUAGUAGUCUUGGCUUGCAAGGCUAUGUGAGAAAUACUACGUGCGGAAGAGUUGAGGGUGAGGCCCAGGGCAGCGGUGAGACCGUGCAGAAGUUCCUCCAGCAGAUCAACAAGGGCCCCCGCACGGCUCAGGUGGUCAAGCUGGAGAAGCGGGAGAUGGAGCCGCGCGAGGGCGAGGAUCGCUUUCUGGUGAUGCGCACGUCCGAGUCUAUGUUCGGUUCGGAGGGAUAA